AUGUGGCGAGUAGUAGUUGCUCGUUCGGAUGAGAACAGUACCCUCCUUUCAUCAGAAAUAAGUACCGGAGGAAUGGGACCAGCAGGUCAUCUUUCGAGCCUUUCUGGGCCACCAGCGACCCAUCACUGGGGCUACCCACCACCCUCUCAUCAUCCAUCAUAUCAACCUCCCCAGCAUCCAGAUAUGCGACAUCAUCAUGAUAUGAGAAAUCCCGAUCCCAGACAUCCUAAUCCUAAUGAACUCAGACCAGAACUUAGGCAUCCGGAUAUGCAGAGGCCAGAUUUAAGGCAUCCGGCCGAAUUGAGGCAUCCGGAGAUGCAGCGCCAUCAGGACAUUAGGCAUCAAGAUAUGACGGUCAUGAGGCCAGACUUGACUGAGUUGAGGCCGAGUCAUGAACUUCCGGAAUUGAAAAUUGAUGGUGCCGAGUUGAGGACUCAGGAUGCUCAGCAACAGGCGCAACAACAAGCUCAGGCGCAAGGACAUCAGAGGAAUCUCAAGAGGACUAUGAGUGAUUCGGAUUGUGAUGAUGUUUUUUCCGAAGAAAGUGGCAAGGAACCAUGCAAUUCACCUGGAGGUGAUUCUUGUCAGCAUACUUCCAGAAAAAGAAGAAGAGGUAUGAUUGAGAAGAAACGAAGAGAUAGAAUAAACGCAUCCCUUGGUGAACUGAGAAGAUUGGUACCUGCGGCUGCGAGAGAUCCACACAGUGGAAAAUUGGAAAAAGCGGAAAUACUUCAGCUUACUGUCGAACAUCUGCGAACGCUCAGAAAUAAAGGUCCAGAAGGUUAUGACAGUACGAAAUUGGCAAUGGAUUAUCAUGCAGUGGGAUGGGGCGAAUGUGCUGCAGAAGUCGGUCGAUAUCUAGUGACAAUGGAAGGCCUUGACGAGAGAGAUCCUUUGAGAUUGAGGUUACUUUCUCAUCUACAAAGCUUCCACAGGGAACAUCCCCAUUCCGCAGGACCUGCAAUUUCAUCUCCAGCGACUUUGACCUCGACCUCCAGUGCAACCAGCUAUGACCCGCCGAGUUCAGUAUCGACUGGAAUGCCUCCAGGUUCGGGGAGUAUGCCACCCCUUUUGGGUGGUACCUCCCUCGGAUGGGGCCAAUAUCCGGGACAAUAUCCCCAACAGCAACACGGAAAACCGUAUCGACCCUGGGGCGCUGAGUUAGCUUAUUAA